AUGUUGUCACGAAAUCUGAUGCUGCCACGUUUGGCUGUACGUUCAUUGAGAACGUCAGCACCGGCUUCAAGCGGUCAUCAUAUUGAACAUUGGUGGGGUCCUGAAAAAGCGGCCGGUCGUGAACUUGUUGGAUUCGGUGUCAACGGUGAUAAUAACUAUUCUGAUCGCUUGGACUAUUGGUAUCCUGCAAUCAGAUUCCGUAAAGAAGAUGAUGUUAUUGCACCAAUCAGAAAGAAGGAGCUUGGGGAUUGGAAAAACUUAUCAAUUGAUGAGAAGAAGUUGUUGUAUCGCUACAGUUUCAAACAGACUCUCGCCGAGUUCGAAGCUCCUAGCGGUUACUGGAAGAUAAUUGUGUCUGCUGUGCUAUCCGUCAUAUCUCUUGCAACAUUCUACAGCGUGUUCCUGAAUGUUUAUGUCUUCCCUCCGAUCCCGCCAACCUUCCAGGACGAGUACAAGGAGGCGCAAGUUCAACGUGCGCUCGUUUUGGAGAAGGGCAACUUCUUGGUUAGAGCUAGCUUCAUCGCGAUUCAUUCUCUCUCUGCGGUCGGAUCAGUACCUACUCUUUCAUUGUUUAGUUGUAGAUGGAUUAUUUGUUUUAUUUGCUCUGGUCUGACUUCUGGAGAGAAGCACGCGGAUAAACGGUUAUUUCUGUUUGUUUGA